UGGUUCCCGCGAGGAAAAAUCGGAUCAAAGAGGCCAUAGGCACACAGGGCGACUCUUGUCUUCUAUCAUCACGACUAUCUAUCACUCUUCUUCUUCGUCUUCUUCUCAAUUUCUUUUUUGCAAGAGAAAGAAAUGGAGGGCGCAUUGGGUUUAAUGAGAAGAAUGCCUCCAAAGCACACGGAAACCGCUCUCUCUGCUCUUCUCAGCCUCUUACCUCACCAUUCCUCCGAUCUCCUCUCUCAAGUUGAUCAGCCUCUUCAGAUUUUACACGAUGUGGAUUCUGGGAAAGAGUUUAUUUUGUGUGAAUACAACAGAGACGCUGAUUCUUAUAGAUCACCUUGGUCGAAUAAGUACCAUCCACCAUUGGAAGAUGCGCCAUACCAAACUUCAGAGUUGAGGAACCUUGAAAUUGAAGCAAAUGAUAUCUUUGCAAUUUAUCGUGACCAGUACUAUGAAGGUGGUAUUUCAUCAGUUUACAUGUGGGAAGAUGAUAAUGAAGGUUUUGUUGCCUGCUUCUUGAUAAAAAAAGAUGGUUCAAAGACAGGACACGGCCGAAGGGGUUAUUUGGAGGAGGGAGCAUGGGAUGCUAUACAUGUUAUAGAGGUGGGGCCAGAGGAAGAAGGAACAGCCCAUUAUUGUUUAACCAGUACCAUCAUGCUGUCUUUAACUACGGAUGACGAGUCAUCAGGCACAUUCAGUUUAUCUGGAUCAAUUAGACGACAGAUGAAUAUGAACCUCCCCGUUGCAGAAGGUCAUCUUUGUAAUAUGGGAAAGAUGAUAGAAGAAAUGGAGGGUAAGCUGAGGAACUCACUAGAUCAGGUCUAUUUUGGGAAGACGAGAGAGAUGGUAUGUACCUUACGGCCACCAUCUGAAGUGGUGAUGAGACUUCCCGACAGUUGAUUUAGCUACAUUUGGUGGAUGAAAAAGAAGUUUCUUAGAUCUGUUUGUCUCGCAUAUUUGAAUAUGUGGUUUCUACUUCCAGAGACUAUGUGAUGUUAUUAUGUUCUUAAUUAUAGACAGAGCACAGUUACCAUUUGAGUUUACCUUGCAUUUUGGGUGGUCUUGUCAUCAACAAGAGUCGUGUAGAGAACAUGUUAAAGACACAAUUCUCUUGUAUCAAUUCAUUUUUUUCCCAAAGUUAAAUAUUAUGUUUGUAUCCAAUCAUUCUCAAUAAUUU